AUGGGUUCGGUACAGGUAGAAGAAGUGGAUGUGCUACUGGUAGGGGCCGGAUUUGGCUCCUAUACUAUGCUGAAUAAACUUCGCAAGCAAGGACUAAAGUGUAGAAUUUAUGAGAAAGGUUCAAGAAGUGGAGGGAUCUGGUAUUGGAAUUGUUAUCCUGGUGCUCGAGUCGAUUCUGAUACUCCAAUCUACCAAUUGUUUGACAAAGAAUUAUGGGAAGAUUUCACAUUCAAAGAGCGAUAUGCAGGAGGCAAGGAACUUCGUCGGUACUUCGAGCACAUCGAAAAGAAAUGGGAUGUCAAAAAGGACGUCGAAUUCGACAAACAUGUCGAUGGUGCUGAGUUUGAUAAGAGUCGCAACCAAUGGCUGGUUGAAUGCUCAGACGGCUCCGAGAUAUAUUGUAGAUGGUUUAUUCCUUGUAUAGGAUUCGCAUCUCGUCGUUACACACCCCCGGUUAAGGGUCUCAGUAACUACAGAGGCGAUAUAUACCAUACAGCAAUAUGGCCGCAGCAUGAUGUCAACCUGAAGAAUAAAAGAGUCGGUCAAAUUGGAACUGGUGCAAGUGGUAUUCAGGUGAUUCAAACCAUCGGCCCCGUCGUCAAUCAUCUCACGGUUUACCAACGAACGCCUAAUUUUGCGCUACCCAUGAAUCAACGACUCCUCGAUCCCGAAGAAGAGAAGAAGAAAAAGGCCGAAGGCAAAUACGAUGAAGCGUUUGCCAAGACCAGGAACACCUUUGCCGGUUUCCCGUACGAUUUUCAAGAUAGAAAAACUUUUGAUGAUACACCAGAAGAGCGGGAAGCUCUUUUCCAUAAACUCUUGAUCGAACAAGGUGGUUUCCAUUACUGGCUCAACGCCUACAAAGACAUGCUCUAUGAUCAAAAAGCUAACGACGAAGCCUACAACUUUUGGCGCAAGUCAGUGUGGAAAAGGGUUCCAGACGUCAAGAAGCAAAAGUUACUGGCACCAGAAGUUCCACCUCAUCCAAUGGGAACCAAACGUCCUUCUCUAGAACAAAACAUCUGGGAAGUUUUCUCCCUCCCACACGUUGACAUCAUUGAUGUAAACGAAACGCCCAUCCUGGAAGUCACCGAAAAGGGAAUCAAAACCAAAGAAGGAGAAGUAGAAUUCGACGUCCUAAUCCUUGCCACUGGGUUUGAUUCCAUGACUGGAUCACUCGCCCAGCUGAACAUUCGCGGCAUAGACGGCAACACUAUCGCUCAAAAGUGGAAAGAUGGAACGCGAACAUCGAUGGGUAUUGCGCUGAAUAACUUUCCCAACAUGUUCUUCCUCUACGGACCUCAAGCACCCACAGCCUUUUCCAACGGGCCAAGCUGUACACAAUUCCAAGCGGAAUAUGUUGCGGGAACGUUAAAGGGGUUAAUUGAGAAGAAUAUCACGUAUUUUGAGGCAAAGAUUGAGGCGGAGGAUGAUUGGUAUAGGAGGAUGAGUGAUAUUUGGAAUGCAUCUCUUUUCCCUUUGGCGAAGAGUUGGUAUCAGGGGGCGAAUAUUCCGGGGAGAAAGGUUGAGCCGCUUAAUUGGGCCGGCGGUAUGCCAGAAUACAUAGCGACUUUAGCGAGAAGUAAUGAGAAUGAUUAUCAGGGAUGGAUUCUAGCAUAG